GACGAUGGCCGAAGUGUCAGAGACGAACCACUCGUACUGCGGUUAGGAAAGGAAGGUUCUUGUAACCUUUUAUUAUUUUCGUGUAGAAGCGGUAAAAGAAAGUGGUGUUUGAUUAUUUGUGAUUGGUGUUAUAAAAAAAAACGUUCAAACUGGCGACCGACAGCGGCAGUGGCAAGUCAAACAUGGCUUCUUCAGCCAGAAUUAUCCAAAGUAGUUCGGCCUGGUUCCAGAAAAAAAUUAAUUUAAGGCCCCAACAUCGGGGCGUCCACCUGGUGACUGAAGAAAUCCUUCGAGAGGUGCCCGAACUGUUUCAGUUCGCCAUCGGAAUCUGUCAUGUCCAAAUACUCCAUACGAGUGCUAGUUUAGCUCUAAAUGAAAGUUGGGAUCCAGAUGUGCGGGACGAUAUGGAAAUGAUGUUAAAUAAAAUUGUUCCUGAAGGUUUACCCUAUAGACAUUCCUGCGAAGGACCAGAUGACAUGCCCGCCCAUGUUAAAGCAUGUUUUCUUGGCUCGUCGGUCACUAUACCAAUAACUGAAGGUAAGCUAAACCUGGGGACUUGGCAAGGUAUCUGGCUAGGAGAACAUCGGGACCGUGCGGGAUCGCGCAAACUUCUAAUCACCCUCAACGGAUGUCUGCGUGAAGCCAACUGUACCCCACUCAGUCCUGUCAGCCCUAUGGCUAGUACCAGCAGUUAGGGGAAGCACUCGGGGCAUUCUCUGUCCAAGCACUGAGAAUGGCCCCGAGUACACGGUCUCAAAGGACUAAAACCAAAUAUAUACCUAACGACAAUAUGUACAUAGGUGUACAUUAUGAUAUCUGUUUUUGGUUAGGGUUCCCAUUUUUCUAAUAUUAUUUGCUAUUGUUUUGUUACUCAAAGUAACGGCAUUGUUUUCCUACUUUUUAGCUAUAGUGUUUUUUUGUGGGUUGUUUUCAGCUAGGAUUUUACAUUUAGUGUUUUAUUAAUAUUAUGCUGCUGAACUACCUACAUACUUUGUUAAGUGUUUAUUAGAACAUUCCACUUUUUACUCGCCGUUUUAGCUUUUACAUUUUUUGUUUGGUCCGAAUAUAUUUUGAAAUAUG